CUCCGUGUCUCAUCUUCUGGGCGCCUCACAUUAUCAAGUAAUGCGCGUUCCUCGUGUCACGGGCCUGUCGAUGGUCUCAUCCACUCUUUCCUAUCCUCACGUAUCAGCUGUUUGGCGGCCUUCGGUAAUCUCUAACCAACUGAGCUUGUCUUCAUAUUUCACCACGUGGAUGGGCUCAAUGAUUCCUGUUGAGGUUCUGCUGCGCUUCGAGACAUUCAUAAUUACAGACAUUCGCGUUCUGCAGCUAAGCUUCGCAUAUACACAUUCCACUAUCCCCUUCUCACUCUACGCUCAACGCUUACUACUGUGAAUGUCACCAAUCUCCUUGCUUCACCCAGCGUCGGGAAGGCGCAACCCUUAGGAUUUUGCGUGACAUUCGCACCUUCCUCCAGCCUUGCCGCUUGUCUUAGCCCUAUCACAAAUCUCAGCUCGAUAGGUGAAGAUACUCCGUCACAAUACCCUUCAACAUCAGCCUACCGUGGCUCCU